AUGGAGACUGCGCUCUGCCAUAAGGCUCACCUCCACCCUUCACUCCAUUACUCACCAAUAUCGAUUCCAGCAGAAAGUGCCACUAACGUCAGGACCGCCAUGCCGAACGAGUUCCUAUGUGAGAUCAUCCUCAGCAUUCAUGGAGAGUUUUCGAAGACGCUGCGGAGUCUGUGCCUCACCUGCAAGCACUUUCGCAACGUCGUCGAGGAGCACCGCGAGCCCGAGUACAAUCUUCGGGGCAAGUGGAACGACGACCUGUAUGCUAUGACGGAACGGCUGCGAGAUCAACCUCGUCUCAAGCAUCUUAUUCGAGUUAUCUGCAUGGUCUACGACUUUGCGAUACAUACGAAAUACACAGAAGAGGAAGUCAAUAAUCUGGUAACUCCUCUCGGAUCGACUCGUUUGAUGCUGGUACGAUCAAAUGCUGGGGUGAGGUUCCUACACGAGACAACGGAGGCCCAGUCUGGCUAG